AUGUCUAUCAGCAACAAAUCCAACACUGAUACCCUUGCUAAAUACCUUGCUCUCGACCAAGGAGGCAAAGUCCAAGCCGAAUACAUCUGGAUCGACGGCGACGGAGGCCUCCGUGCAAAGACCAAAACUCUCGACCAAAAACCUACUGACGUUUCUCAAUUGCCUGAAUGGAAUUUUGAUGGUUCUUCUACCAAUCAAGCUCCCGGCGACAAUUCUGAUGUUUUGCUUCGUCCUGCUUCUAUUUUCAAAGAUCCUUUCAGACGUGGAGAUAAUAUCUUAGUCCUUUGUGAAUGUUACAAUAAUGAUGGAACUCCUAAUAAAACGAAUUAUCGUCACUCUUGUGCUAAAAUUAUGCAAACCUAUACUGAUUGUCAUCCUUGGUUUGGCAUUGAACAAGAAUAUACCCUCUUCGACUUAGAAAAUAAUGUUCUUGGUUGGCCUAAAGGGGGUUUCCCUGGUCCUCAGGGUCCUUAUUAUUGUUCCGUUGGUGCGAACGUAGCAUUUGGACGUGAUAUUGUCGAAGCUCACUAUCGUGCCUGUCUUUAUGCUGUCGGUCCCUGUGAAGGAAUCGAUAUGGGUGACCAUCUAUGGAUGGCAAGAUUUCUGCUAAAACGUGUUGCCGAAGAUUUCGGUGCUGUAGUAUCUUUCCAUCCUAAACCUAUUAAAGGUGACUGGAAUGGAGCAGGCUGUCACACGAAUUAUUCAACACAUGCAAUGCGUGAAGAAGGUGGAUUAAAAGCUAUAUAUGAUGCUAUAGAUAAAAUGUCAACGAGACAUGCAGAACAUAUAGCCGUUUAUGGCGAGGAUAAUGAUCAACGUCUAACAGGUCAUCACGAGACUGGUCAUAUAUCUCAGUUUUCAUUUGGGGUUGCAAAUCGCGGUGCAUCAAUUCGUAUACCGCGCCAUGUUGCUGCUGAAGGUAAAGGGUACCUGGAAGAUCGACGUCCCGCUUCGAACAUUGAUCC